AUGGGACAAGGACCCUCGAGCCCUAAGCCAGGCUCCCCUCUCUUUAUUGUCUUACGGGACUUCAAACAAUAUCGGCGUAUAGCAGAAGGUUAUGGGUUUCAGGUUACUAAAAAGAAAUUAGCUCUCCUUUGCCAACAGGAAUGGCCCACCUUCGAGGUAGGCUGGCCCCCGGGGGGUACGUUUGACGUCUCGGUGGCCGGCCGGGUCAGGGGAAUUGUCUAUGGUAUACCUGGCCACCCCGAUCAGGUCCCCUAUAUCACCGCCUGGAUUGAUUUCAAACCCCCUUCGGGACCACUACAGGUCCAGGCCCUUUCAAAACUAAGACCAGGAACGGAAUCAAAGACGACCUUUAGCCGCAAGCCUCCCGAAAGUCCUAAGGUCGUCACACAGCUUACUCCUGUCUUACCACCCCCUGAUUCUGACCCCCUAGAUCCAGCUGAGUACUCCCAGUCCCAGGUUUCAGAUCCACCCCCGUACCCAACCUCAGGGUCUCUGAGCCCCUCAGCCCCUCCUCUGAUAAGUCCACCCCAUACUCAAGCAGGUGCUCCUUAUGGCCCUUCUAAUUCCAGUUUGACCCCAGAUUCCACUGUGUCAGCGUUUCCCCUGCGGCAAGUUCCUUCCCCUCCCGGAGAAUCAGGGAGACCGUUCAUGGUAUAUGUUCCCUUCUCCACCAGUGAUUUGUACAAUUGGAAACAGCAAAACCCAUCCUUCUCUGAUAAGCCCCAGAGCCUAAUCUCCCUCCUAGAGACUGUCUUUUAUACUCAUCAGCCCACCUGGGAUGACUGCCAGCAGCUCCUCCGGGUUCUUUUUACAACCGAGGAGCAUGACAGGAUUCUUUUAGAAGCCAGGAAGGGAGUCCUGGACCCAGAUGGACAUCCCUCUACUGACCUGGGGCGCCGCAACCACAUCUUUCCUGAGAACCGGCCCGACUGGGACCCCAACACUGAUCGCGGUAGGGAAGCACUGGACAGGUAUUGCCAGUUAUUGCUGGGAGGGUUACGGGCAGCAGCACGGAAGCCAACUAAUAUGUCCAAAGUCAGUGAGGUUAAACAGGGCAAGGAUGAGUCCCCAGCUGCAUACUUAGAGCGCCUCUACGAGGCAUAUCGAACCUACACCCCUAUCGACCCAGAGGAUCCCAAUAACCGGAGAGCCAUCGUAAUUGAUUUCGUAGCCAAUUCAGCUCCGGACAUCCGUCGGAAGCUACAGAAACUUGAAGGUUUUGAGGGUAAAAAUCUGACUGAACUCAUGGAAGUGGCCAAGCGGGUGUUUGACUAUCGUGAAGAGACUCAAGACAAGCAAACUCACACGGUCGCCAGGGCGGGGUGCCCCGGCUCAAAGUCCGUUGUGACUCUUGACCCCCUGGAGCCGAGGGUUACUCUCAGUGUUGGGGGUCAACCUGUCUCAUUCCUAGUCGACUCUGGAGCUGCGGCAUCGGUCCUGAAAUCCCCACUGGGCUCCCUCUCAUCGUCCACUGUGCAGGUCCAGGGAGCUACUGGACGAAAACAGUCUGUACCCCUCACCACUUCUCGGGAAGUCCGGUUAGGGAAGGGCCUAGUCUCCCAUUCUUUUCUAGUAAUGCCUGAUUGCCCUUACCCCUUGCUUGGCCGAGAUCUCCUACACAAGCUUCAGGCUAUCAUUUCCUUUAAGGGACCUAACCCCACUCUCGGGUUUAACCUGCCACAACUUGUUCUCACCUGCCCGUUGUCAGAGGAGUCUCGCCUCCUCCCCCUAACGUUUUCCCCAGACCACCCCUCGACCACCUCCACCCCUACCUCCCUAACUCUGUUGAACCAUUUCAAAGGCUUGGUUCCUGGAGUCUGGGCUGAGACCAACCCGUUUGGUCUAGCAGGACACCAGCCCCCAGUGGUGGUCCAGCUCUCGUCCACAGCAACCCCUGCGCGUGUCCAACAAUACCCGUUGACUCGAGCUGCCCUUUUGGGCAUCAAGCCUCACAUCGAUCGACUCUUGGCGGCAGGCAUUCUACGACCCUGCCAGAGCUCGUGGAACACCCCCCUACUUCCAGUUCGCAAGCCCGGGUCUGGAGACUUCCGUCCUGUCCAGGAUCUACGAGAAGUCAACGCCCGGGUGGAAACUGUACAUCCUACUGUGCCAAACCCAUACACGUUGCUGUCUUCCCUGGACCCUGCUCGGACUUGGUAUACUGUUUUGGACCUGAAGGAUGCUUUCUUUUCCAUUCCCUUGGCACCAGUAAGCCAACCUAUAUUCGCUUUUACUUGGACAGAUCCUAACACUGGGACAUCCUCUCAGCUCACCUGGACCCGGCUUCCCCAAGGUUUUAAGAACUCCCCUACACUUUUUGGCUCAGCUCUGGCCUCCGACCUGGCCGUCUUCCGGGUCUCGUAUCCGGAGGUCACUCUCCUCCAGUAUGUUGAUGACCUUUUGUUAGCUACUUCCUCUGAGGCAAUAUGCAAAGAUGCAACUCUCCACCUUCUCCAGCUGCUUGAAGCUUCCGGAUAUCGUAUCUCUGGAAAGAAAGCACAACUGUGCUCUCAAUCCGUUGUUUACUUGGGUUUCACCCUUCGUUCUGGUCAAAGGUUACUGUCUCGGGGGCGUGUAGCUGCCAUUUUGGGCAUGCCCGCCCCGAGGGACCGCCGCGGGCUCCGGGAAUUCCUGGGGAUGGCUGGAUACUGUCGCCUCUGGAUCUUGGGGUUUGCCGAGGUUGCCAAACCCCUAUAUGAGGCCCUAACUGGUGAACCCACCCAAUUUGUUUGGGGACCACGGCAGCAGGAAGCAUUCGACAAGCUCCGAAAGGCGCUGUCCAGCACGCCUGCCCUCUCCCUGCCAGACCUGUCCAAGCCCUUCCGCCUCUAUGUGUCUGAGUCUCGAGCUGUGGCCAAAGGGGUUCUGACCCAGCCCCUGGGGCCCUGGAAUCGUCCUGUUGCCUAUCUCUCCAAGCAGCUGGACCCUGUGGCUUCCGGGUGGCCCUCUUGCCUGCGAACUGUGGCGGCCGUUGCCGUCUUGGUUAGGGAAGCCGCAAAGCUCACUUUCGGGCAGCCUCUUGAGAUUUCAGCAUCACAUCAUCUGGAACAGCUUUUACAUUCCCCGCCGACAAGAUGGAUCUCAAAUUCACGCCUGACUCAUUACCAAUCCUUACUCCUAGAUUCCGCGCGCAUCUCUUUCGCUCCUCCGGUCACACUCAACCCGGCCACCCUGCUCCCUGACUCCCCUCCUUCCUCCCCUAUACAUGACUGCCUGGACACACUGGACUCCAUCCACACGUCCCGCCCUGGACUUACUGAUGUUCCUUUAACAAACCCCGACCUAGUGCUCUUCACAGACGGCAGCAGUUUUGUUCAGGAGGGGAUCCGUAGGGCGGGUGCAGCCGUGGUCACUCCGGUUGAGACCCUCUGGGAUACCGCUCUACCCCCUGGCACAUCUGCUCAACGUGCUGAACUCAUUGCCUUAACUCAAGCCCUUAGACUCUCUGCAGGGAGGCGAGUAAAUAUUUACACAGAUAGCCGCUAUGCCUUUGCCACUGUUCAUAUCCAUGGAUAUGUAUAUCUCCAAAGGGGUCUGUUAACCUCGGCGGGAAGGGAGAUUAGGAACAAGAGUCAGAUCCAGGACCUGCUGGAUGCUGUCUGGCUUCCCAAGGAGGUGGCGGUAAUUCAUGUUCCUGCUCACACCCGUGGAACUGACCCCCAGUCUCUAGGGAACGCAGCAGCGGAUAAGGCUGCCCGAGCGGCUGCCUGCAAACCCUUGAUACCCGCUAUGGUCGUGGAACCUGAGCGGAUGCUUCCUGUCCAACCAUCUUAUCAAUCCAGUGAUCCGGAUGGCACCCCUGAAAAGGGGGGAUGGAGAAGACACCCAAAUGGCUUGCUAAUUCUGCCCAAGGCACUGUUGCUACCCCUAUUGAUGACUCUUCAUAGCCUUACCCACUUAGGCGGAACCCGGCUUUACGACCUGGUGAGCCGACACUUCUACAGCCCUGGGAUGAAGCAGGCGGCCGAGGAAGCCGCAAGAAGGUGCCUUGCAUGUGCCAAAGUCAACCCACGAUCACAAUCAAGGAUACCAACUGAUAGACCACGAGGAACAUUUCCUGGCGACCAUUGGGAAGUAGACUUUACUGACAUGGGAACUGGGUUGGGAGGGUACCGUUUUCUCCUUGUAUUCGUGGACACAUUUUCUGGAUGGCCGGAAGCAUUUCCAGUCAAAACUGAAACUGCAACCGUAGUGGCCAAAAAGCUGUUCUUUGAACUUAUUCCUAGAUUUGGCCUGCCGGCCUCGAUAGGCUCUGACAACGGCCCAGCAUUUGUAUCUGCAACAAUUCAAAGCCUAUCAAAGAUGCUGGGAUUGAAAUGGAAAUUGCACUGUGCAUAUAGGCCUCAAAGUUCAGGGCAGGUAGAAAGGAUGAAUAGAACUCUAAAGGAACACAUUGCUAAACUUAAAAUAGAAACUGGCGAUAGCUGGGUCAGUCUCCUUCCCUUCACCCUCCUCCGGGCCCGGUGUACUCCCAAUUCCUCAACCCUCUCUUUAUCUCCAUACGAGAUCCUCUAUGGAGCCCCUCCUCCUAUUAUUCCAAGAGUAUCUGCAGCUAUUUCAGCCCCAGAUUUUACUAAUCCGACUCUUCUUAAGUCCUUCCAGGCUUUGCGUGAGGUCCAGAACGCUGUACGCUCGGUCCUGAAAGCUGCGGGGAAAGAACCAGCCCCUGCAACCUCAUCAGACGCCCUGUCACCGGGAGACUGGGUCCUCACUCGCAAGCUUCCAGCUGGACCAGCCCUGGAACCACGGUGGACGGGCCCGUAUCAAAUUAUCCUCUGCAACCCCUCUGCCGUCAGGGUUGCCGGCCGCAAGGCAUGGAUACAUCGGUCACCCAUCAAGAAGGCCCCAGAGCCCAACUCCACCGCCUGGACAGCAGAAGCAGUGUGGAUUCUCUCCCGAACUAACGAUGGGACCACCGUCCAAGCUCUCACCAGUUACGGAGCCCCCACUUUCAGGUUUGACCUCUGUGCCCUCUUGGGACCAGGAUGGAAUCAAAACCGGGCUAUGCGGGACCCUAUCGCUGGGGGAUGGGGAUACUGCCCCACUUUUCCCACCACUCCAACCAUACCCGGG